CCGCGGCCGCGGCCGCUGGCUUCUGGCUGUGGCCAGAGUACGAGAGUCCCAAUAUAAGGCAUGGAAUGCCGGACGAUACCAUGCACGUUCACACUAGGUAUACCCAACCUCGUGUUUUGACGCUCGUUGCUAUUGUGUCUAUCCAAUAUGGGACGCAACCCUGUUGAGACGGAUGCUCCCGAGUACUCGUAUAGUGAUACGAAGAUCGACACGAGUAUCACGAGUAGCAAUACCGGCAUCGACACGCUGCACAUCGACCCAGCGAGUACCACCAGUAACGAUGAGCAGCAGCAGCACAACGCCCGCGUCACCACCGCCGAAACGGUGCUCAUGAAAUUCCUGCGUCCAGGACGAAUGAUCCCGACGCCUUCACAGCGCAAAGUCCUCGACACCGCCGAGACAUUCACCACAGAUAUUGACUCUGUGCCGAUCAAGACGUAUAUCUGGUCCUGUAGAAACGCAGUCACGGUCGCACCCACGGUCCUUCUGAGUCAUGGCUUUCUGUACAAUGCCGCCUCGAUGCUCAAAUUCGUUGCACCGCUGUUACGCGUGGGGUAUAGAGUCGUGACGUGGGACCAUUGCGCGCAUGGCGAGUCUGGAGGCGAUUUCACAGAUCUGCGACUAUGGAUUAAAACGAUUCAGGUCAUGGCUGACGAGUACGCACCGCUCGCUGGCGUCGUGGCAUUCAGCGUGGGGAGUACGGCUGCUUUGACGGCGCUGGCACAGGCACAAUCAUCGAACCAGAAUUUGUGUGUGCCGUCGUUGGUCUGCAUCAAUCCACCGCUGCAGAUGGAUACGGUACUGAAAGGGUUUUUGAGGAUGUAUGGGUAUGAUAAGGCGGCAGUGGCGGAUAUGAUGCCUUUGAUACACGGCGUUGCGAAGGACAAGGAUAUCUAUUUACCGGAACAGGUGCGGGAGGGGUUGCCUGCGCAUGUGGGCUCCGGUGGGCUGGCAAGUACGAGGGUGCUGCUUGUGCAGGAUCGGAAUGAUAGUGUUGCGUCGGUUGGUGAGGCGGAGUGGGUUGUUGAGCUGCUGAGGCGGGGACGGGGGGAUGAGAGUGCGAAUGUGGAGCUUCGGCUAACGGAGAAGCUGGAUCAUGGUGGUGCGUUGGGUGAUGAGGGUGUUGUAAGGCUUGCUACGGAGUUUGUGAUGGGGAAAGAUGGUGGUGUACUGGGGAGGGUUUCGAGGCUGUGAUGAGAAGGGCAAUACAGGAAUUGAUCGUGUAAAUAGCAUGUGAAUCAGGGGGGAAUAAUACCGGAUUAGACUUGACGGUGGGAAUGUGCAAUGAGCUCGCAUUGUCAGCUCUGUGGACCAGGGAGAAUAUACCGGAAUAGACUUG